UGGCGUGCCGAAAUGCCGACGACUGCUCUGUGGGAGAGCGCUGCGCCCACAACCUGUGCCAUGUGCCGUGCGCUAGCCACGCGCAGUGCCUGCGAGGCCAGGCCUGCAUGGGCGGCGUCUGUCUCCUGGGAUGUCGCUCCAGCCGCGACUGCCCCUCCGACCAGGCCUGCGUUAACAACAAGUGCAAAGACCCGUGCCAGAGCGACGGCGCGUGCGGCCCCAACGCCAUCUGCCGCUGCGUCAACCACGCCACCGAGUGCCGCUGCCCCGAGGGCUUCGUGGGCAACCCGGCGCCGCAGCAGGGCUGCGUGCGCGCGCCCACGGCCUGCGCCAGCGCGGCGCAGUGCCUGUCGGGCCACCGCUGCGAGGCCGGCCAGUGCGCGCUGCCGUGCGCGGCGCACGAGGACUGCGCGCACGGCGAGCGCUGCGCGCACCCGGCGGGCGUCU